GAUACAAGAUACAAGAUACAACCUAUCCUGGCCUUUAUAUCUGUGGCAAUAUGGAGGCUGCUUCUGUCAUGGAUGUGAUUUCCCAGAAGCAGGCAUUCAUCAUCUGUACAGCUAGCUUCGCAUUUUGCCUGCUUCUUCAGUAUGUGGUUAACCCUAUGCUAACGUCAGCAUUUAUGCCAAAGUAUAAGCUGCUAUGCUAUUCUGACAAGCUUGACUGGAAUUCUAGGGUUACGUCAACCAUACAUGCAAUAAUCAUCACCGUGAAUUGUCUUUAUGUCGUUAUAGAACCAGCUGUAUGGAUGAAUCCAGCCAUGGAGUAUUCCAGAGUGCUGAUCGCCAUGUGUUUGAUAUGUAUAGGAUAUAUAUUGGCAGAUACCUUAGUAAUUUUUAUGCAUUGGCACUACAUUGGCAGCAUACCUUUUCUUGUUCAUCAUGCAGCCACUACCACUGCAUGUGCUGUUACUGUGAUAACUAGUUGGUGGACAUGGUUCACAGCACUGAGGUUACUUGCCGAGUUUUCAACAACCUUCGUGAAUCUGAGGUGGUUUCUACAAAAGUUGGAUAUACCCAAAACUUCACGUAUUGCCGUUUGGAAUGGUCUAACGCUUGUCGCUUCUUUCUUCGCCUGCCGUAUUAUGUUGAUACCUGUCUACUGGUUGAGCGUCUACAAUCUCAUAUACUCUCCAACCUGGUUGUUGCUUAACUGGUGGAAGUACUUUGGUAUUGCCUGUCCGAUUUUCUUGGACACUCUCAAUAUAUACUGGUUUGGAAAGUUGGUGCGUGGUGCUGUCGAGAUUCUAUGGCUGCGCAAAGGAAAUACCUCGCGGUACAAUGCAGGUUAUGCAAGCAAGUUAAAGAUGUGUGAAGGAGAUACUAAAAAGGAUGCUUAAUGUAGACCUAGUUGUUGUUUUUUUCUGCGCGAGUACCAGAACAACUGCCGUGAAUGAGGUUGCUCAAACAUUUAUGCCUAAACUUGCGUGAAUUUUUAGUAGUCUAAUUAUAUGUAGUUCACUGAAGAUAUCUGAUGUACAAAAUAGUCAUAGGAAUAUCGGUAUUCUGAAAGAAAUCUUUAUGCAUAAAUCAUUACUGGGUAAUGAUACAUUUAAAGUCAUGGAAUCUAUGAGGUUUAUAAUAUUUUUAUAAUAAGUUGUACAUAUUCAUGGCAUCAUAUGUAAAUUUGUUACAAGAUUGGAAUAGACAUUAAUGGUCUGAUAGGUAAAAUCACGAGAUAUAAUGUUAAGUAUUUUAUAGUCAUGUUCAGUGUACACAGGGUAGAGAAAGGGUAAAGUUGAGCACUAUUAUAUAAAUCGAUUUAUUUGGGAAUUUUUGUAAGGUAGUCCAUGUUUUCCCAUGCUUCACAAAACAAGUGGUUUUUGAUGAACCGAUAUAAAUGUUUUAAUGAACACAAUGUGAUGGUGUUUUUUUAUUGUCGUAUAAUAUCAGAAUGUCUAGCAUUGAUCAGUGAAGAGGGUGGAUUUACAAGAAUUGUGGUUAUUGUUCGUUUCAUGUUUUGUUACUUAGAUUACGUGCUUUUGAAAUGGUGUGUUAUAAAUCAAUAAAUUUGUUGAUGUCAUUAAAAUGACAUUUGGUUUAUGAGAAUAUUGAUAUGUUACAAUAAAUUUAUUGUUGUAUUUUUGAAACA